GACAAAACGUAUAAAGUUAAUAAUAAUUCGAGACUACCGGACGAUACGCGCGCGUUGUAAUAUAUGUCAUAUGAUCUAUAAAUAUACAUGCUUGUUUUCCUGUGAACGCCUUUACGAUCACACAUGUUUUACUCCUAAAAGGAGAGAAUGAAAGACAUGAACAUGAUGUUAAAACCACGUUGUCAUAUUAUUCCAAUAUAUAUUUAUAGUCGCGAAUUGGCUAGAAAAGAUCUUAAUAUCGCCUAUACAAAUUCUUAUAUUAACCUUCAUCAAUAUGCCUUACAAACUAUUUCAAGCAGACAUAGAAUUGUUAAUGAAUUUGACUAUAACAAAGAUCUGCUAAUUAUGGGAAAUUUAAAUAUUCAAACACCUUCACCUUCAAUAUUUUUUAAAUCAAAAAAUAUAUUAGUCAAAGAUAAUAUAUUCUUGAGUUUGAAUUGUGUACUUAAUGGACAACCAGAUAUGAUAGAUAGAAACAAUCAAAAUAUUAAUAAUGAAAAAAUACAGAAGACUUAUCAAAUUUUGCAUGAUCAUCUCCCAAGAUUUUUUCAGGAGACCCACCCUUUCAACAUUUAUCAUACCAAUAUUAUUUUCGAAAACAAUAUCAAAGGCUUCACAUUGCACGGAAAAAACAAAUAUAUAUCAUGGCUUUACUGGCUUAAGCUUAUCAAUAAGCUUAAAUAUGCGGAGGUGAAGUUAAAUAUCCUUAAAAUGACGCUACACACUGAAAGUCGAACAAUCAAAAUCAGGUGGCAAUUAACUGGAAUUUCUAACAUCAGCGCCUUUUUCAAAAUUUGGAAGAAGGAUAGAUUCGAUAUCGUGAAAGAUGGAUUCAGCACAUUUUUCUUAGAUUCUAAUGGGCUCGUCAUCAAGCAUCUUAUGGACAAAAUGAUGAUGGACGAGGACUAUAAAUUAUCAACCGGUGCUAACAUUAAGGCAAACAUCGUGUCAAGCGUUAAAACCGCCUUUUUAGCUGGGCUUGUAUGGCCUAUACCUCCUAAUGUUUCAUCCAUGCUCGAUGAUUAAAUUUUUAUUGAAUCCGAUCAAAUGGAAUUUUAUUUUUGGUGAAUAAAAAUGUUAUGACGAAUUGGGAUAAAGAGACCUUUUUUUGGGGGGGGGGGGGGGGUGGCAUUUGUUUUUAUUAAUACUACAAUAUUUACGAAAAAUAUAAUAACCAAUAUUUUAUUUCAAAUUUUUCAUAGAAUUAUUUUAUAACUCGUUUCUGCAAUUUUCAUUUUGUUGAAUUGUUUAUUUUAAAAUAAAAUUUUUACUAAGAAAAUCAAAAUUAUAAAUUUACUUGUAAUUGUUAAACAUAUUAUUAAAUUAAUAUAAUAAAAUUCAGGCAAAAAUUAUCAAUAUCUAUUGUUCUAUCCAUCGUUGUCGAUGGCAUUUUUCUGUUAUUUUUUUAUAAUUUUCGAGUAUUUAUUAAAAUCAUUUGUUAAGUUUUUCCUGUUUUUUUGCGUUAAAAAACAAUACGUUAAUAAAACAAUUGUUAUUAUUUUAUGUUUUUUGCGUUAAAAAACAAUACAUUAAUAAAACAAUUGUUAU